AUGGGGAACUAUCAGGGCAUAAAUCCUACUUGGGUCAAUGUCGUAAUUCUUCAACGCACCCUCAACCUUCUUGUUGCAGUAGUGGAUAUUCGUCACCACAGUCCUCAAUUGGCCUCCACCCAAAGCCCUCCCUCCAGUCAAAGUUCACUGGCAGAUCUGACUUCAUUUUCUCCUGUGUCUUUUGCUCGUUCGCAACCUCGCAUUCAAGUGUCCUCACUGUUGGCUGAUCCGCACACCAGGUCUUACGAACUAGAAAUUGUGCAGCAUCCACUAAGGACAGCGGAAUUUGGGGCGGCAUAUCUAUCCAGAGUGCCUUUAACCCCGCCAAUUAUUGCAAGAUUGACAGUCAGAGAUUCAUCUCGCAACUCCGUCAUUCCAGUGGCAGAGUUACCGUUCCUUGUUGCGCAUUUGUCAUUAUAUUCUGGAGACGGUGCGACUGCCCUUGACAUGGGUUCAUUCAUUGGGAGAGGCGUUUUACAAAAUCCACCUACGCUUUACGGGCACCUUGUUUCUACUGUGGAACAAUUAGAAGACUUGCAGGGAAACACGGGUUUGUUCUUUCUCUUCCCUGAUGUCAGCAUCCGCCUGCGCGGCCGUUAUCAAAUUCAGGUCACCCUUUCCAGACUUAGCAAUUCUGGAUUACCGGGCCUAGCUGAACAUGGUACAUACCUCGCUGAAGCCCGGACCAGGCCAUUCGAUGCGCUCCCUCUUCAUGAAUACAUCGUUGCGCCCUCAACGCGCUUAUCUCAAAGUUUCAUUCGACAGGGUGCACGAAUGUUUGCAAACGCCUCCUACCCACCUCACCGGUGA